AGUGAAUUGCCUUAACACCUAAGACUUCGAGAGAAGCUUUCAACAAAAACAAAUGUCGGGAAAGUAUGCCGCAAAUAUGGUAUUGCUGCUGGCAGCCUUGAUACAGCUGAUGCUAGGGGUUUACGGCGGCGACAGCACCUUCUUCCAGACACUGUUCGAUGAGACGGGCGUCCUGUUCAACAAUGGCACGCCCCGUAUCCCGGAUACAACCGUCUAUCGGAAGGAGUACGACUUCGUCAUCAUCGGUGCCGGUUCCGGUGGGUCCGUCAUGGCUAAUCGGCUGUCGGAAGUGCGCGACUGGAGCGUGCUGUUGCUCGAGGCUGGCAAAGAAGGCAACAUGCUUACCGAGGUGCCGCUGACAGCGGGUUUGACCACCAUCACUGGGUACAACUGGGGCUACAAAGCGGACCCGAUGCCGGGCGCCUGUCUCGGCCUGAAGGGCGGUGUCUGUAACUGGCCGAAAGGGCGCGGCCUCGGUGGAACCAGCCUGAUUAAUUUCCUAAUCUACACGCGCGGUCACCGGCGGGACUAUGACGGUUGGGAAGCGGCUGGCAACCCGGGAUGGAGCUACCGGGAGGUGCUGCGAUACUUCAAAAAGUCCGAGCGCGUCCAGAUACCGGAGCUGCGUGGUUCGCCGUACCACGCGACCACAGGACCCGUGGACGUGGAGGAGUCCUCAUUCGAGACGCCGCUGUUGCAACGGUUCAUCAACGCCGGUCGCGAGCUGGGCUACCUCGAGACGGACCCGAACGGUGAGAUCCAGCUUGGAUUCGGCAAGGCACAGGCAACGAUGCGUAAUGGACGGCGAUGCAGCGCCUCGAAGGCGUACCUAGUGCCGGCAGCACGCCGACCCAACCUGCACAUCUCGAUGCACUCGCGUGUCACGCGCGUACUCAUCGAUCCGGUCACGAAACGCGCGUACGGUGUCGAGUUUCUGAAGCACAAACGGCGAUACGUGGUGCGUGCCCGCAAGGAAGUGAUCCUUGCAGCCGGUGCAAUCGCUUCACCCCAACUUCUGAUGCUGUCCGGGGUUGGGCCACGUGAACACCUGCAGGAGAUGGGCAUCCCGGUGGUGCAGGACCUUCGGGUGGGAUAUAACCUGCAGGAUCACCUAAACCUGCCCGGGCUCGUGUUCCCCGUCAACCAACCGGUGACGAUCCGUGAACGGGACAUGCGCUCGCCGCGGUACAUCUUCGAGUACCUGUUGAAGGGCCGAGGUCCUUUCACCGUGCCAGGUGGAGCCGAGGGUGUCGCUUUCGUCAAAACGAACAUCAGCUUCACGCCGGCCGACUAUCCGGACAUCGAGCUCGUGAUGGGUACGGGUGCGUACAACAACGAUGAGUCGGGAUCGCUGCGUGCGACGAUCGGCAUCACGGACGAGUUCUACCAUCGCACGUAUGGCGCGAUCCUGGGUCGCCACGCGUUUGCUGUGUCACCGGUGCUGAUGCGUCCGAAAGGACGCGGCCGAAUCCGGUUGAAAAGCGCCAACCCGUUCCACUGGCCCCGGAUGGAGGGUAACUUCUUUGCCGACUACGACGAUCUGGUGGUGUUGCGCGAAGGCGUCAAGCUGACGGUGGCUUUGGUCGAAUCGGCCAGCUUCCGGAGCGUUGGAGCGCGUCUCCACGGUACGCCGUUCUUCGGGUGUGAGCAGCAUCGUUUCCGGUCCGACGAGUACUGGGAGUGUGCGAUCAGGCGCAUCGGCAGCACACUGCAGCAUCAGUGCGGCACGUGCAAAAUGGGACCCGCGAGUGAUCCGGAAGCGGUCGUGAACGCGCAGCUGCAGGUGUACGGUGUUGGUGGGUUGCGUGUCGUUGACGCGUCGAUCAUGCCCACGAUCCCGGCAUCUCACACGAACGCGGUGGUUUUUAUGAUCGGCGAAAAGGCAGCCGACAUGGUGAAGGAGUACUGGGCCAACGAGAUACGCUGAUGCUGUGUCCUGCACGAGCUCUCUUAAGCCCACCGUGUCCGUCUAGUCAUCGUUGUCAGCGUGCGCUGGCGCAUCCUGGAAGAGCUGCAGCACCGCGUUUUCCCCAUUCUGCACGAUCUGUGACCAUUCCCCCGCACUCCCACCCACCCGUUUCCUGUUCCCUGGCC